AAAUGUCAUUAUAAAGCUCAUAAAAACGAGCUGUACACUUGUUAACUGUACUUCAGAUUAUAGAUGUUACAGCUGUUAUCAGACAUGUUUUUGUUUUAACACAAUAUCCUAAUGUAUUAUCAGCCAGUGAAACUUUGAACUACUCUAACACAGAAUACAGGUGUUGAUAUUGUGUUGUGUGUCUCUUCAACGGUAUUGUUAAGCAACAUCAGUUUCUUUAUAUUAUAAGUGCCUUUAUGUUAACCUGAUUGUAAUGCUUGAACAUAGAAUGCUGUGUAUUUGCAUGCUUAUUUUCACAUUGGUCAUAUAAUCUCAAAUUGUUGAAAAUAAAUAAAGACACAAGGUAAACCUAUAUUUUUGUGUGUAGGACAUCAGAUAUGUAUCCUUCAGUGAGUCAUGUUUCCUGUCAUUGAAUGUAAUUUAAAGUCAGCAAUGUGCCAUUAAUCAUACAGAAAUGUCACGUUUAGUGUCAAAAAGAAAGAAAAAGAAGCCUGAAUAUCAUCGAUAAUAUAUUGACUUACUCAACUUGUUUCUGACAUGGCAUAUAAAUUCAUAUUCAAAUAGCUUUAUCUGCUAGGAGCUUCGUUUGUUUAAAAGCAUCUGUUUGCAUACAGUUUACAUACACAACAACGUACCACACACAAAUCAGAUUCAGUCUAACAUCCAUAUAGAGGAGUCACCAGUGACGCUUGUAAAACUGUGUGUGUUGAAAUAUCUCAUUCCAGCAUUAGGUGGCAGUAAUAUCUCAUAAGAAGCUGUACAAUACGUUUCUCUCCUAUCUCUGAUCAUUCUUCACACAAUAGUCUCACGUUUUGGUCUUAUUCCUGACUGAUACAUUUGUCCAAUAUUUGAUUUCAGUUUUAGAUCAAGGACGAUGCUGAGCUGAAUAAAACACAGAGAUACCUCCAAAAUAUUUCAGGUGAAUCUGACAUUUACCUUGUCACCUCCCUUAUCCUGCCAGAAAGGAUAAAAUACAACCAAAUAUAAAGUUCUGAUCCUCAUCAUCGGGGUGUCUUUUAAAGGCUCCCCCAACAGUUUCUUCAUCACACCUUCAAUUUAGCCUUUGACUUCUCUUUUGGGUUCUUGACCUCCUAACCUUACAAACAGGAUCUGUAAAUCACUAACAGGUGCAGGUGGAUGUGUGUGUGUGUGUGUGUGUUUGUGUGUGUGUGUGUGUGUGUGUGUGUGUGUGUGUGUGUGUGUGUGUGUGUGUGUGUGUGUGUGUGUGUGUGUGUUUGAAUUUGUGUGUGUUCCCUGCUUCUCCUCCUCCAGGCCGGUGCAUUCUGCGUUCACGAGUGAUGUCGGAACCAGAGAUUCAUUCAGACAGAGAGGACGACUACAGGUUUCUCCACAGCAUGCUGAUGGAGAAGAAACUCCAUCUGCUCUUUAAGAUCCAUGAGCGUUUGAAGCGCUUUGAGGAGCGAAGCCCAGUCCCUGUCCAGGAGAACGCAGCGAGUCUGGCCUCAGACUUGGCCGAGGGGCUGAUAUACCAGAGUUGGAGAGAUGAAGCCAAAGAACUGGUUGACCUUGUUUCUAAACCCCAUUUUAUGAGUUUCCUGUUUGUCCAUGACUCUGUAGCUCAGAGAGACUUUGAGCUCACUCUGCCACCCAUACCUGAUGACGUCCUGGACAGCGACGAGGAUACAGUCAAAUUUGUCAGUCUGUAUAAAACCAAAGAGCCUCUGGGGGCAACUAUUAAGAGGGAUAGAUCCACUGGGGCGAUUGUUGUGGCGAGGAUCAUGAGAGGAGGUGCUGCUGAUAAAAGCGGCCUGAUCCACGAAGGAGAUGAGCUGAAAGAGGUGAAUGGAGUCUCACUGGAGCACAAAAAGCCAAACGAAGUCCUUCCUCUUCUGGAUUGUUCUCAAGGUGAAGUGAAGUUCAAAAUCAUUCCAGCCUCAUCCAGCGGAGAAAUGUCACCACAUAAGAAGAAGAUGUUCUUGCGGCCUCUUUUUGAUUAUGAUCCUCUCGAGGAUCCUGCGGUUCCCUGUAAAGAUGCAGCAUUGGGCUUUAAAAGAGGCGAAGUCCUCCAGAUUGUCAGUAUGGAGGAUGACACCUGGUGGCAGGCCUGUCACCUCGGGGACAGCAGCACUCGGGCAGGACUCAUCCCCUCCAAGCAGCUCCAUGAAAGGAGAGUUGCACUACAGCGACCUAAAGCUCUGUUCAGGCCUCGACCAGUCAAACCACCAGUCACAGAGGAUGUAGACUACAGAGCUAUAUCCGGGAUCCACAUUGCUGGUUUAAGAAGAAGCUUUCGGCUCGGGAGAAAGAGUAGCUGGGCCAGAGAAGCAGCACGGGCCAAGAGGUGGAGCACAGGCAUACACAGAACAUGUACUGCGCCUACCUACAUAGAGGUGAUCCCACACUACAGAAACCCCACGGACAGACACCGAUUGGUCGCACUGGUUGGGCCUAGCGGCGUUGGCGUAAGUGAACUGAAGAGGAGGCUGCUGAUAUCCGACCCUGACCACUAUGGCGUCAUGGUGCCGUACACCACACGUGAGAAGAGGAAGAAGGAGAAAGACGGAGUGGAUUAUCAUUUUGUAUCCAUUCACAUGUUUGAAGAGGAUAUUCUCAAUCAAAGGUUUAUAGAGUAUGGGAGACACAAAGGACACUACUACGGUACUAGUCUAGACUCUGUGGACAGAGUGAUGGCUGAGGGCAAGGUGUGCCUCCUGUAUGUGCACCCUAGUAAAAUAAAGCAUGUGUACACGUCUGAAUACAAACCCUACGUGGUGUUUGUGAAGCCCCCGCGCAUCGAGGAGCUACGCCUCACCAGACGGAGAGCUAAAUUCAUCUGUGACGAAGAGGACAAGAACUCAGUGAGGAUCUUCUCAGAGGAGGAUUUUAAGGACAUGAUUGACUCAGCUGAAACCAUGGAGAGCCAGUGCAGUCACUUGUUUGACAAAGUGAUUGUUAACGGUGAUAUCGCUGUGGCGUUCCGAGAGCUGAAGGCCGACCUAAAGAGGGUGGAAGAGGCAGACGUGCAGUGGAUUCCUGCAGAGUGGAUUUGCCCCUCUUCUCCAACAAAAGCACGGAGAAGUUGUGGCUAUUUGGGUGGCUGGAUUUGAAUUUUGAAACCAGAAAAAAAAGAGCAAAACAAAAAGAAUUGUCUUAAUUUCUAUUCAUAAACAUUGAAUUUCUAUCAUAUUUUGUUUUCCAUUUGUAAUUAAGUCCUGCAACUACCACAGUUUUCCAUAGUGUCCCCCGGUGUGUAUAGAAUUAGGCAAACAGAAUCCAUCUCUCUCUCUCUCUCUCUCUCUCUCUCCCUCAGUUUGUCUUAGAGCCAGUUUUUCUGCUGGCAUCAAGCUGAAAUAACGUCGACUCACAGGAUGGAGGAGACGAAGAAGUAGGGAAAAAAGGAAACUCUCCAGAGUUUGUGGCUGAGUGUAAUCGUCCCCUGCCAAGUCGCAAACAUCAGCAUGUAAUUAUUCUGACAGCUGCUGCACUUCAAUUAACUGUAAUGUACACCAGAGAAAUAUUAUUAGUAGCAGCCAGGGAGACAUGCUGCCAACAACAAGCUGAACAAAAUAAGGACAGACAGAAGAUAACAGUCGAUUAAAGACUGUGUAGGAAAGAGGAGGAAAACCUGUUUCAUGGCUGCUUGUUUCAGGAUUGUACACAACGGGGGCGGGGGGCUCUCAGUUUCCCUCCGGCGAGAUAAAAAGUACAAUCUCAGGUGCCCUUCCAAUCAAGGUUGAAAAUGUACUUUUUCGCCCACCUGCCACUGUGGCUGGUGGAUUUAAAAAUUAACCAGCCAAUCUUGUUUUUUUACCAAAAACUUUACUUUAACCAGUAGCAUAAUGUAAUGAUGUAUAAUAUUAUAAUCAACGCUUAUAUUAAUAGGGUAUUUUAUGGAAGGAAAUGCUUCAGCUAUUAAAGAAGGAGGAGAGGCAGGAUAAGCAAUUGU